GUCGCGUAGAACUGAUGCGAUGGUUAUCAAUUUUCCAGGCGUAAGAGCCUCCUUUCACGACUUAUGGGUAGAGUCCUGUUUAUGACGCCCGAUGACAGUUAUCAUACUCAGCAGGGCCUCUCUAAUAACAUCCGACGUCAUCGUCUUGCUGGUCACUUGGUGGCAGUUGUACGGAAGCCUGAUGCCUCGUAGCCAACAAAGCCGGCCUCUUUCUACCCUUUCCGUACUGCUAUUGAGGGAUAGCACAUCGUAUUUUCUGGUGUUCCUCCUUUUCAACGUCGCCCAAAUCAUAGCACAAAUGAGGUUCAGCAACGGGUCCAACCCAAUCCCAAGCUUCAUGCUCCCUAUGACGACUAUCGUCAUUUCCAGGCUCAUUCUGAGUCUGCGCCACCUAUCAUCCACAAUGCGAACCUACAGACAAUGUGGAACCAACACAUCCGCACCGACUUGGGAUGCCCAAGCGUCAAUUCAUCGAUCGAUCUUGUCAACUAUUAUCUUCCGGCCGAAUUCCCCUCCGUCGCGUUACAAUGCUGAUCAAACGCCAUCAGAACUGCAAAAAGCAAUAUCACCGCUCGUCUCAUUCGAAGACAGACCUUUCCACGCUUCUGGCGAUGUAUCGGACGGAGAUACGGAUGCGGAUGAGACAUGAUCACAAGGGAUCAUAGAUUCUAGCGAUGUUCUGUGCAGUACAAUUGUAUACCAAAGUCCGUUCAAGCGUCCUGACUGGCCGCGCUCUUUCGAAAUGAUUCUCGGCCUUUUGAGUGCUCUAGGAUCGCGCCCCCGGGAAAGUUUGGCAUCGGUCAACCGGCGACACUG